AUGAGGUUAGCUGUGCUCUGCGUGUGCGGGACCCUGCUGGCCUUCUCCACGCCCCCUGGGAACUAUGCAAACCUCAGCAAGGGAGACUUUAAUUGGGGUACAGAAUCUGUGAGCUGCUUGGUAACUAUAAAGCCUGCAGGGAAGUGUGGGGGAGAGGGGAUGGACGAGGACGCAUGCCCCUACCGAGUGACCUUGCCACCGCUGGACGUCAUGCUGCCCCGGCAGCUCAGGGAAUUGGAGAGGACUGUGAAGGAGGUACAGAGGCUAAAGGAGACCGUGGAGCAGCUGAAGAGAGCCUGCAUGGAGUGCAGGAUAAGCCAGAUGGAGCGGGAGAGAGAGAGGCUGGGGGACAGAGAGAGGGAGAAAGAAGAGAAGGAGAAGGUGAGAUUGGGAGAGAGGGAGAAGGAGAAAGAGGGGAAGAAGGAGUGGGAGAAGAAGACAGAGAGACAGGGAGGCAGAGAAAGGAAGAUGGAGAUGGACAAGGAGGGAGAGGGGGCAAGAGGCAGGGAGAGAACAAUUGUGGAAGAGAGAGAGGGAGUGGAGGAGAGGGCCAGGGAGAUUGAGAGCAAUAUUGUUGAGAUAAGAAAGAGAGAACGGGAGAAAGAGUGGGAGACAGAGUGGGUGAGGGAAAAGGAG